AUGGUGCUGAUCCACGAGUUCCGCGUGCCGCUGCACAUGACGGUGGACGAGUUCCAGGUGGCGCAGCUCUACAUGGUGGUGAACGCCAGCGAGCAGCUCACGGGCGACGGAGAGGGCGUCGAGAUCCUGGUCAACGAGCCCUACGACAACACGGACGGCAGCAUGGGCGUCUCCAGCAUCUCGGGCUGGGUCAUCCCGCGCAACAAGGGCCAGUACACGCGCAAGCACUACUACUGCAAGUCCAAGAUCCCGGGCUUCGUCUCCGCCUUCUGCCCGGAGGACAGCAUGGUGCUGAUCGAGGAGGCGUGGAACUCGUACCCGCACUGCGUGACCGUCAUCGUGAACGGUUACCUGGACAAGCACAAGUUCUACAUCUCCAUCGAGUCCAUGCACAAGGCGGACCGCGGCGACUCGGAGAACGCGCUCGGCAUGAGCAACAACGAGCUCAGCCAGCGCAAGGUCGAGGUGCUGGACAUUGCGGAGAAGAUGGCCAAGCAGACGUUGAAGGAGAACUGCGACCCGGCCACGUACAAGUCCGUGAAGACGUCGCGUGGACCGCUGACCCGGGGCUGGACGAAGACCGUGGACCCGAUCAUGACCUGCUACAAGGUAGUGCGCAUCAACUUCGACUACUGGGGCGUGCAGGGCAAGGCGGAGAAGAUCAUCCGCGACCAGCAGAGGCAGCUGUUCCACAACACUCUUCGUCAGGCGCAGUGCCAGACGGAUGAGUGGUACGGCCUCACGAUGGAGGACAUUCGGCGUCUAGAGGCUGAGGUGGUGGCCAAGCUCGAGGCCAAGCGCCUCACCAACUCAGCUAACCAAUAGAGGAGGAGGGUUGGGAAACCAGACAACAACGUCGGCGAUAUAGUCUAGCGACAGCUAUCAGGCAUAGUAGUUUUGCUGUUUGAGGAUAGGCGCGGCUUCCUGCUCUCGUUCAUACAUGUGUGCUUCGCAUU